UGUGUGUGUGUGUGUGUGUGUGUGUGUGUGUGUGUGUGUGUGUGUGUGUGUGUGUGUAGUUACUACGGGCUGUGGAUGUGGUUCCCAGAGUUGUUUAAGAGGGUAGAGGACGGCGGCUCGCCCUGUGCCAAUGCCUCUCUUCCGUCUCUGCUCCACAACCAGAGCUGCUACCCGGUCAAAACAGCAGUGUACAUAGAGGGCUUCAUCGUCGCUGCUUCAAACUUACCGGGAAACAUCUUCACCAUCCUCAUCAUGGACACCACGGGAGGAAAGGCUCUACUGUCCGUCAGCCUGAUGGUGUCCAGCGUCAGUGUCUUCUUCAUCUACGUGGUGCAGACCAAAGCCCAGACUCUUCUUCUCUCCUGCAUCUUCAGCGGGGUGUCGGUGAUCGCCUGGAACUCUCUGGAUGUGCUGGGAACUGAGCUCUACCCGACACAGAUGAGGUCCUCCGCUCUGGGUUUCUUCACAGGAGUGGGCCGAGUCGCUGCCAUCAUGGGGAACAUAGCCUUUGGAAUGCUGGUGGACUCAAACUGUUCCGUGCCCAUCCUGCUGGUGUCCGCCCUGCUGCUGACCGGAGGGCUGGUGGCUCUGCUGCUGCCUCAGACCAAACACUCCGAGCUCACCUGAGGGAUCAGUGUCUUUAUAGGAAUACGUUAUUAGAAAACACCCUCUGAAAGUUAUUAUAGAGAGCAGACAGGAGGACGCUGCUUUAUCCCCUGUUUCUGCUCCCAGAGGACGUUUAUAUCCUGUGCCUUCUGUCAUUUCUCUGUGCCUCCUGGAGCUGCCUUAUUGAAAAGAGACAGUCUCCAUUUUCUAAGAGUUACUAUUCAGGAAAGUGAGUAAGGAAAGAAAAAAAUGGAAGUGCUCGACAGUAUUUAUUGAGAGUUUGAGAGGAUCACAAAUCCUUACCAGAAGUGAGUCCGAGUAUGAAGGAAACUUUUAAAAAGUGUCAAAAAGUCUCCAAAGAGUCUAGGUGGAUCAUGAUGUUUAAUCUCCUGACUUUAAUCAGUGAUUGGAUUAGAGGCUCAUUUCAAAACAGUUGCUUGUUUCUGCAGUCAAUCGGAUCUUUAAAGUAGUUUCAGGUUUUACGAGGUGUGUUUAAUUAUCAGGUUAGAACAGUUUUACUAUUAGCUAAGGAUGUCUGAAAUGAAAAACUUCAGCUUCACAAAUCUGUUUUACUUUUUAGUUUACAAUGUAAAACGCCUCUCGGGAUUGUUUUAAGGCCAAAUCACUGUUUUUGAAACAGUUCUUUUUUUCAUAAAAAAUACAAUCAUGUUUACAUCUAUGCAUACAGUAGAUUUUAGAGGCGUCUCAGGAUCAUUCUGUACCCAAUCUGUGAUUUCGCUGCACAUACUGGACCACACCGGUUCAGCAUUCCUUUGGAAAACCCAAAGAUUGCUUAUUUAAUAAAAACAUUAAAAAACCUUUAUAUCUGAGUAGCAACAUUGUUUAUAAGCUGGCUGUACUUUGUGACUACUGAAGCAGUUUGAUUUAAAUAAACGCUACUUUUGUUUAUCUCA